UUUUUUGUUAUUUAAUUUUUCUCUCCUUACUUUAUUUUCGAUUCAAAGACCAAACAUAAAUAUAUAUCUUCAUGAAAAAACAGUGUGUACGAAUACCAUUUCUGGAUCUGCAUACUUAUGUAAACAGUAUCCAAAACCCAAUAUAUAUUUUCAUCCUACUAUGUUAGUUUCUUAGUUUCUGCAUGUGUAUAUAAAUACACACACACAAUCCCUCACUCAAAUAUUUGUUAAUUUUGUUUCACUCACUAUUACAUAGAGAUCGAUGGAAGCCUUAUGUCAAGGAGGAGGGAUUGUCCAAGCCCUAAAUACUCAUGUGUACGGAAAUGGAACUCAGACGUUGGUUCUUGCUCAUGGGUUUGGUUCAGACCAUACAGUUUGGCAUUUCCUUAUCCCCUUUCCUGCAUGCUACUUCAAGGUUGUGGUUUUUGACUGGGUUUACUCUCCAAAUGUUGAUCCCAAAUUCUAUGAUCCCAAAAGGUACUCCAACUUCAGUGCUUAUGCAGACGACCUAGUCUGCCUUCUUAAUCAUCUCAAUGUCAGUAGGACUGUAUAUAUGGGUCACUCCAUGGCUGCCAUGGUUGGAUGCAUCGCUUCUAUUCAAAGACCACACCUCUUCCAGCACCUUAUCCUGCUAAGUGGCUCUCCCAGGUACCUCAACACCACAGGAUACAACGGAGGCCUCACCAGACCACAACUGGAUGCACUCUUCAACCAAAUAGAAAACAAUUUCACAAAUUGGGUUUCAAGUUCUGCAACAACAGCAAUAGGUGUAAACGACACAAGUGCCAUCACCGAGUUCGAAAACAGUUUGGGAAGAAUGAAGCCCAGGAUUGCUGUCAGUGUAGCUAGAGUUGCGUUUCUAAGUGACUACAGAGGACUUCUGCCUCAAGUCAUUGUUCCUUGUAGCAUAAUCCAGUCCAGGAAAGAUUUUAUCAUUCCGAAAUCAGUUGCAUUUUACAUGAAGAAACAGCUUCGUGGUCCUGCAAAAGUCAAGAUCCUAAGCACAGAAGGCCAUAUUCCUCAGUUGACAGCUUACUCUUUGCUCUUGAAAGUUAUCAAAAAACUACUUCACAUCAAAUAGAUAUAUAUAUAUAUAUAUAUGUAUGUAUGU